CUCCUCCCCAGCCCGGACAUCAUUUCAUCUAUAUAAGGCAGAAUCCUCGCUUCCCGUCCUCUUCUCUCCGUCCCCAGCCCCGCGUCCCCCGGCUGGGCUCCUGCCACCCGCACAGCUCGGCAUUCUUUCGCCUUGUAUGGCCAAAUCCUUUGGGGUGGGAGGGAACCGUUUGGGCAAAGUCUCGGCUCCAUUGGCCGCCUCGUCCGCCCGAUCCCGCUCUUUCCAGACCAGGGCGAUUAAAAACAACACAGCUUAGAAGUCGCAUCUUCUCUGCAGGGAUCGUGGGGGGAAGCGCUUUUCUCUGCCGGCUUGGAACAAGUUUCUGUGUGACAGUCCCCCUCCCAAAACUCCACCAAGAUGUCGAGCAAACGUGCCAAGGCAAAGACUACCAAGAAGCGCCCCCAGCGUGCGACUUCCAAUGUCUUCGCCAUGUUUGACCAGUCGCAGAUCCAGGAGUUCAAGGAGGCUUUCAAUAUGAUUGACCAAAACCGUGACGGAUUCAUAGACAAGGAAGAUCUGCAUGACAUGCUUGGCCUUUCAGGGAAGAAUCCUACUGACGAGUACCUGGAGGGCAUGAUGAGUGAGGCACCUGGGCCCAUCAACUUCACCAUGUUCCUCACCAUGUUUGGAGAGAAGCUGAAUGGAACUGAUCCGGAAGACGUCAUCCGCAAUGCUUUUGCUUGCUUCGAUGAGGAAGCCACAGGUUUCAUUCAUGAAGACCAGCUGCGGGAACUGCUCACCACCAUGGGUGACCGGUUCACGGACGAAGAAGUGGAUGAGAUGUAUCGAGAGGCCCCCAUCGACAAGAAAGGCAACUUCAACUAUGUGGAGUUCACUCGUAUCCUGAAGCACGGAGCCAAAGACAAAGACGAUUAAAACUAAGAGAUUCCGA